CAGUAAGAGACUAUAUUUGGCUCCACCCCCACGGCCGAUCUGUUUCCCCCCUCAACUCUCCGUGCAUGUCUCCUGCUCCCAGCCCCUGCGUGUGUGAGCUGUGUCGGCUGCCCGGCGCCCCUGCUGCUAUGGCAACCUGUGCAACCACACAGCUCACAGAAACCCAAGCCUGGCCAGCCCUGGUGGCACCCCAUCCUUAUCAAUAUUAAUAUUCUACACUAUAUUAUGGAUCUCGUCCUCUAAUUUUACAUAUUGACCCACUCUGACUUUGGACUGGAGGACAUCCCCUUUCCUCUGACACUCUAGCCUAGCGCACGAAGAUGCCAUAGGUAUCUAUUUUGUAUCGAGUGAAAUGAUAGCUGUUUCCAUCCCCAUUUCCCAUGAGCUAUUGGGCAUGGUAGAUGAUGGCACCCAGGGCAGACCCCUACCUGAUGGCACCCAGGGCAGACCCCUCCCCCACCCAGGCCCCUCCCUUAGCACGCCACUGGUUCUUAUAAAUUGGUCAAGUAGGUAAGUAAGGAUGAGAUAGAGAGCAGGUCUGUGUUCAGUUCACUAGCGCAGGGUAUCCCGCAAAUCUGUGUUCGGGGAAAAUUCCUAGAACGUAGACCAGCUCUCGAAUCUCCAUGCUAGAGAGCUAGCCGUAAGUCUGAGCAGUCAUAAAACAGGUAUGUUGCAAAGUGAGGAUCAGCUGUAUUCCUACAUAUCCCCAUCCCCCCAAUACGUGUGUGUGUGUGUGUGUGUGUGUGUGUGUGUUUUAUAUUCCUUGCACUCAAGCUGAAUAUUCAUAGUAAUAUGUUGAAUUUACUUGCUGGGUGCCAGUCCUAUGGGGAUGUUGAUAUUCACCUAAAUAAUAGAAGCAUGGGCUGCACUCACGGUCUUCUGAUACAAUCAGGGCCGGUGCAAGGAUUUUUGCCGCCCUAGGCAAAAAAAAUGUUGCCGCUCUUCCCCCCCCUCCCCAAUAUGUCCUGCCCACCAUGUGACAUCACAAUGCCCCGCUCAUAUGCUCUGCCAUAUGGGCCAACGCCAGUCUUCACAAAGUGUCCUUUAUCUGAAAAGACAGUGUGUUUACAUUAAAAAGCUUAAAGGCACAGGCUAUAGACACCAGAACCACUACAUUAUGCUGUAGUGUUUCUGGUGACUAUAGUAUCCAUUUAAUGUGAGGUAAAUUAGAGAUUAGUGCCUCUAAUAAUAUAUUGGAUUGCCUACUUACCACCAGAUGAGGACAAGAGGCUGAUGAUGGGCUCUGUCUGGCUCCACAGGUCUGGUGUAGAAGAGGCUCUCUGGAGACUGUUUGUAACAGUGCUCACAACAAUUAACGAACAGGAAGCAGCUCCAUUUUUUAGGGCCCCUUACACAGCUCAAGGUCUGGGCCCCCAGGGCUUGACCGUGAGUAUGCCUACAAUGCCCACCCAUAAAUCCACCUACAUGGCCCACCCGUGAGUUCUCUCACAGGAAGUGGAGUGUAUGUGUGUAGGGGAUGUUUUAUGUGUUAUUGUAGAGGAUGCAAUGUGUGUGUGUUCUUAUAGAAUGUAGUGUAUAGGGAUACCAAUGCAUUGUAAGGAAUGCAUUGCAUGUUUCUGUGUGUGUAUGUGUAAGGGGUGCAAGGUGUGGUUCUGUGUAUUUAAUUGAAUGCAGUGUGUGUCUGUAAGGCGUGCAUUGAUUGUGUAAGAGAUGCAUUUUGUUUCUGUGUGUAAGAGAAUGAGUUUGUGUGAACGUAAGGGAUGCAUUGUGUGUUUCGGGUGUGUGUGUGAGUAGGAAUGCAUUGUAUGUUUCUGUGUGUGUGUGUGGGGGGGGGGUGCAUUGUGUAUGUGUGUAGUGUAAAAGAGAGGGUUUGUGGGGUGGGAGCAGCUCUUUAUUUUUUUUAAUUUUUUUGCAUAGUGCUCACCCUCCUGUAAAUUAUUGAUUUCCCCUUCCCUCCUGUCCCUUAGUGCUCUCCCUUGGCCCCCUGUAGUCACCCCUUGGUGGUCUUCUCACUCCCCCCUGUCCCCCUUAGUGGUCCUUCAUCCCUCCCCUUAGUGGUCCUCCCUCUCCCAAACCCCUUAGUAGACAUUCCCCUUAGUGGACCUCCUCCCUCCUCCCUCAGUGGUCCUAUAUUUGGCUCCACCCCCAUAUUUUGAAACAAGUAAGUGUCUCGGCUUUCUUGUUUCAAAUAAAAACUGCCUUUUAGAAGAAACUCAAGUGUGCCUGGAUAUUUCUUUUAUUCCAUUUGAUGUCUUCAGGGAUUGGUCCUCUCUUUCUGGAGCACCCUGCAGGAAGUGAUCCCCCUUUUUUAGUUUGUGUAUACGCACAAGCGUAUAAAACAGAUAAUCUGUAGAAUCUUGCUAGUAAAAAGUUUAAGGUUGCUAGCUCUUGUUUUCGGUAUAAGUAGGCAGCUUGAACAACCCAAACCAGAGUUUGGUUUUGGUUCUUUCUGGUCGUAGGUAGAUAUUGCAUAGAGGAAUUGGGGAGGGAUGCAGCACCUUAAGUCCAAAGUCAGAAAGUUAUAUUGUGUAGUAUAUUAAUAGCAUUGGUGAAGUAAAUAAAAUUAUUUCACUUGGUCUUUUAGAACUGAUUAUAUCACAUGGAGCCCUUCCCACUUUACCAAGAUAUCUCCUAUAUCCACAGGCUGGGAUUGUACUACCCAGGCGCAUAUAUUUGGAGCUAAUCAGCUCCAAUAAACUGUAAUGCAGUUCUUUUGUCUACCUUAUCAAUAUUAAUAUUCUACACUAUAAUAUGGAUCUCGUCCUCUAAUUUUACAUAUUGACCCACUCUGACUUUGGACUGGAGGACAUCCCCUUUCCUCUGACACUCUAGCCUAGCGCACGAAGAUGCCAUAGGUCUCUAUUUUGUAUCGAGUGAAAUGAUAGCUGUUUCCAUCCCCAUUUCCCAUGAGCUAUUGGGCAUGGUAGAUGAUUGGAAUAGGUAAUAUUGCCAAAGAAUGUCAAAGUUUGCAAGUUCCCUGAAACAAAAUAGCCAAUAGUAUGUCUCAAGUAUUUAUUGUGAUUGUGUUGGAAUUUCAAGGUCAUUCUAGCACUGUCAGAAUCCUCAAAAAAAAGCACAAAAAUUACAAAGCUAUUUAACAAUGGAAGAAUGGAUCACCAAGCUAAUGCCAUUUAUUUGUCACUGUCAAAAAUGUAAGACCCCCCCCCCAAUAUUUUGCAUCCAGCUUUAAUUGUCAUGGUAUUUGUCUCUUCUGUUUUCCAUGCCAUUUUGAUUUACCGUUUUUGGUUUUCCCUUACACAUUCUUUUCUUUAAACUUUGUGGUUUUUGGGGGUUCUUCAAAAAUAAGAAAAUUUUGACCUUUAGAAUUCUCCUUCAACCAGGUCAGCGGUUGCCAGUGUUUUGUUGGGAGUGUUUGGCUAUAAACCUGAGCAUACCUUUUUCCUAAAUUGAGAUUGUAUUUUUUAAUAAAUUUGCCUAUUCCUUGGUUGGGUUUUUUUUAUUAUUAUUUAUUUUUAUAUAAAUCUUUAUUUUUGUUGUGCAGAAAAGUAACAUGUCCUUGGUGCGCCACAACGGCGACAUCAGGGUAAAUUGGUAAACAUUUGCAAUACAGGUUGUGGCAUUUGUUAGUCAGGCACAUUUUUAAAUUAGUUAGAUUAUUUCAACAGCGUAGGUUCUCGUUUACUUAACUAAAAUGUAAAAGUAUUACAGUACGAUUAGUGUUGUGACCAGAUGCUAAUUGUUAGGACAGGCUUUUGUGUUUAGACUAUUCAAUUGCUGAGUAUGUAGUAACAUGCCAAGCUGCUGCGCCUUAACUGUAUGUGGUCUUCUGUUUCAGGUGUGGUAGUGUUGGUUGCUCAACAGUUUUUCCCAGUUUUUCGAGACCAUGGCCGAUUCUGGGCAGGUUCAUGGAGUGCACCAUGUAACUUCACUAUGGUCUCUAUAUCAAAAAGAUAUUCCAGGGAGAUGGACAUUUUUACAGUGGGGAUAUGAAAACCUAAAUGAUAUAUAGAAAUAUUAGGCACAGUUGGAGUUCUGUGCUACUAACCAGCCCUUAAAGGAACACUGCAAACAUCAUAGCCACUACAGUGUUUGGUAGUGGUUAUGGUGCCCUGGUGUUCUCUCCAUUGAAGGUAGUCAAACCGUUUUAGAACACUUUGACUUCUUACUAUGCUGUCAGCUGGACUCUGCCAUCAUUCGAGUCUUCAGAGAGCUAGAAGUUUUUGAAGAAUCUAGUGGAAGCAGGGAAUGGGGAGCUUCCUCUAGAUUUUCUGUUCUAAAUCCUGCAGCAGAGAGCUAGCUCAUUGGCUGAUAACAUUAUCUGACCACUCUCAGCCAAUGAGUUAAGCUCUCUAAAGAGAUGAAGGCUGUAGUUGAGGCAGGUAGCAGCAGCUGCUGGUUGACCCUAGGUUAGAAGUCAAAUUGUUCUCAAACAGUUUGAUUACUAACAAUGGGAGGAGGGGGAAGUUGCAUGAAUGGGAGCACUAGUGCUCUCCUGGCACCAUAACCACUAUAGUGGUUAUGGUUCUCAGUGUUCCUUUAAAAGUUACACUUCACUGAAAAUCUGUUGAAACCAUGGCGCAUUGAACAGGACCAAUGGUGAGUGGAUAGGGUAUACUUGAGAUGCUUGUUUAUGGUUAGUGCUUUGUCCAGAUAUCUAGACAUGGAUGUCCCUUUGUGGAAUUGCUAUGUUUCCACCUUCUUCACCAUUUGCUUGACCCAACGGACUACAGAUUUAUUAUUUUGUUUGGCUGGUAUCUCGGUACUUUGUCUUCAGUAAGAUGCUUGUAAUGUUAGGAUGUUUCCUGUAAACUUGUGGUAUUUAUUUUGUAUGUGCUCUAUAACGAAAAGUAAUACUACAAAUGUAAAUCGCAUACUCCUCAACUGUCCCACAUUUAGUGGUUCGGACCCCUGUACCUAAAUCCCAGAAGUAAGACUCAAGAGAAAUCCACAAAGGUGCUUUAAAAGGCUAACAUGGGAAUUUCUCAACACACAAGAGUGUUUAAGACUGUGUGCCACGUUGACACACACAUUCUUUCUGCAUUCUCUGUUUAACCAGUGACUCACAUAGCGUCACUAGC